CAGUCUCAUGUGCUCUAUCCUUAAACUGACAACUUUCACCAGCCACUAAACUUUAUUAUUAUUAUCUUCUCUAAUCUCUCUUCUGCUUCUUCUGCACCUCAUUUUCCCACCAUUCUUCCAUGCAUUGCGUUGCUCUCUUACUUCAUCACUUUCUACACAAAUCCCACAAGUGAAAUGUCUCUUUUGUGCCUGUUGAUUUCACCUUCUGCAUAACUGAGACUUCAGUUUGAACUAUUGAGGCUCUCUCUCUGAGAACUGAAAUGAGUUUGUACAAGUUUUCAUGGCUGGUUUUGCAUUGUUGGCUUCUUUCUCUUCUGUUGUUCAAAGCUCAUGCUGAUGCUUCAGAGGCCUCUGUCAAGUUCUUGAAAGCUCCAAAACCAUUUUCACGUCUCAACUCAGCCAAAUUUUUGUUUCAAGUACCGGUGGGUGGAAAUGGCAGUUGCACAGACUGCACCAUCAGUUGCAAGCUGGAUGAUGGCAUUGCUUCAGAUUGUGGAGCUAGGGAGGUUUCAUAUACAGGCCUGCAGGAUGGAAAUCAUACGUUUGUUGUCUGCAGCAAUGGAUCUCUAGGAGUUAGCUGCUCUAGCUAUACCUGGAUUGUUGAUACUGUCUCCCCUACAGCACAUAUAACUGCAUCAUCGUCAUUUACAAAUGAACUAAACAUCUCUGUAAAUAUUUCUUUCACUGAACCCUGUGUUGGUGGAGGUUUCGGAUGUUCUUCUGUGAAUGCCUGCAACCUGCUGGUUUAUGGUGCCGGCCAAGUUGUACCAUCUUCACUUAUUACUCUGCAACUGACCCUCAAAUAUAGCCUUCUUGUGAGUUUAUCACCUAUGGUUCAAUAUGGGAGAGUGAUAUUGGUAAUGGGUAAGAAUUUUUGCACUGACAGUGCUGGGAACAAAUUUACAAGGACAGCAAAUUCGACUUUCUAUGUGCAUUUUGAUAGAAGAAGUGUGUUUGUCAAUCUAAGGUCACAUGUUCCUGAAAAGUUACUUCAGCUGGAUAGUGAAACUAGGACUGUGCAGGCAACUAAUAAUUAUGACAACUUGAAGGUGUAUUUUUACUUCUCAGAACCUGUUCUGAACUCAUCUGUGGAAAUUCUGAACUCUAUCAAUACAAGUCAGGGCGCACUUCUUCCCAUUACUGGAGCAAACUAUGGGAACCGUAGAUUUGGCUUUAUGGUUACAAAUGUAUCUAGCAUUGCUAUAAUCACUGUAGGCCUCGUCACGGAAUCCAUUAUAAGCAUUCCUGGGACUCCUGUCUCUCCAAUUAAACCAGUUACUUUCCUUUAUGAUUCUCAGAGGCCUGCUGUGAGAUUGAGUACAACAUCUGGUAUGAGGACUAAGCAGCACAGUAUCCCAAUCUCAAUCAAGUUCUUGAAGCCUGUAUUUGGCUUUAACUCCUCUUUUAUAUCAGUCUCAGGAGGACUUUUGCAGAGAUUUUAUGAAGUAAGUAAGAGUCUAUACGUUGUAGAGAUACAAGCAGCUGAUGAUGAUGUCGUUUCUGUUAACAUUCCUGAAAAUGUGACUGGGGAUGUUGCUGGUAACAAAAAUCUACCAUCUAAUGUUCUACAAGUGAGACAAUAUUCUGUACCUCUUAUUUCUUUUGUGAUUUCUGCAUUUGUAACUGCCACUUUUUUGGCAACAUCACUUGUUGCGGGACUUCUCACUGUCUCUACUGCAAGCCUUCUGUCUGCUGGAGCACUGUCAAGGCCAUCUUUCUUGUUGCUGUCUGAUCCUGCAAGGAACCUUUUUAGAACUGCAUGCCACAUUCAGGUUUUUGCACUGUCUAGAUGGCUGGCCGUUGCAUUGCCAGUUGAAUAUUAUGAAUUUGUAAGGGCUUUACAGUGGAGUAUUCCCUACCUUAAUCUACCAUGGGAAACUGGGAAUGUUCAGCCAGUCAUGGUGAGCUCCAGUCACCCUCCUGGCCCACGUUCCUACAUCUCCAAAUGUCAUCAUUUAGAGAAUUUUCAGAGCGAACCACCAAAAGAAGGGAAUUUAAACAGGGCAGCUCUGGUAUAUGGGGCGCCACUUACUCCAACGGAAUACAGAAUGUUUUUUGAGAGCCAAACUGUGAAACCUGAAGCAGAAUAUAUGGAUUUACAACAUUUGAAUGGUUGGAGAGAUUUCGAUAGAAGCAUGUUCUGGUUAGCUGUAAUUGGUGGCAGUUUGAUACUUCUGCAUGCUUUUCUCAUUCUUAUUUUAAAGCUUAAAAAGAAAAAGUCUGAAACAAAGAGAGGCUAUGGAGCACUGAUAUUCCCACGUUUUGAGAUAUUUCUUGUAAUUCUUGCACUACCUUGUGUUUGCAAGGCCUCUGCUGCUUUAGUUACAGGUGGAACACCAUCGGGGCUUAUAGUUGGCGUUCUGCUAUUGGCGAUAGUGUCUUUUCUUCUGCUGUGCUUGCUCUUAUUCCUCUCAAUUGGAAUUACGUUUGGGAAACUGCUUUUGUACAAGGAAGUUCAUCAAGAAGGCCAGAUAUUUCACUGGUAUCAAGAGAUCAUUCGAGUAACUCUCGGUCCUGGUAAAAGAGGUCAAUGGACAUGGAAAGAUGCACCAAACUCUGUAUUUCUAACGAUGUUUGGCCCUCUAUUUGAAGAUCUGAGAGGUCCGCCUAAAUACAUGCUUUCACAGAUCUCUGGGGGCAAUCCCCACAAGCGUGGUGAUCGUAUCAUUGCCUCUGAUGAUGAAAUAGAAGAUGCAGAAGCACCUUUCAUACAGAAGCUGUUUGGAAUACUUAGAAUAUACUACACACUACUUGAAUCUGUGAAAAGAGUUUUGCUAGGAAUUGUGGCUGGUGCUUAUAUUGAUGACUGGUCAUCUAAAUCGCCAACAAUCGUAUUAUUAAGCAUUACCUGCUUUCAGCUCUUUUUCCUCGUUCUGAAGAAGCCUUUCAUUAAGAAAAAGGUUCAGUUGGUUGAGAUCAUUUCAGUUGCCUGUGAAGUGGGUAUAUUUACUCUUUGUUUGGUUCUCUUGGAGAAAGAAUUUUCAGUCGGAGAAGAGACUAAAAUCGGAAUCUUUAUGAUUAUAGUUUUCUUGAUAGGAUACUUUGCACUGUUGAUGAAUGAAUGGUAUGCGUUGUAUAGACAGACAAAGCAGCUGGAUGGUGCCAAAAGUUCUUUUUCAACAGGCCUGAAAGUAGCUUCAUUUGGAUUUCUCCUGCUUGUCCUCCCUCAGAAACUGAUAAAAAAAUUGGAAAGCAAAUUUCCAUCGACUCAACAUGAGGAUGGCGCUGGCGGAACUGGGGAUGCUACUUCUUCAGCUGAAAGAUAUAGGAGCUCUGGGACUGGGAGUCGGAGUUCAGGUACAACAGAUAGACCAUGGACGAAACAGCUAAGAGAACUGGCAAAAUCUAGCUUUAGUAAACAAGGAAGUGGAGGCCCAAAUGAUCCAUCAACUUCGAGUAGUUAUCCGAACUGGAGUGGUUUCUGGAGCAAAAGGAGUGGAAGUUCAUCUUUAAACUCACCUUCAGAGUCCAAGCCAAAACCAAAGGGAUUGUACAAAGAUUUAGAAGCCAUUUUUGCAGCCAAGUGAAUCUAAAACCAUUGUUACACAAGUAAGAACUUGAAGCUACAUUGUUAUGCUGUCAUUGGUGUUUGAGAGCUGCUGUAUAUUUAUUUACACAAUUACUUGUUGAAAGCAAAAAUUCAGCACAGAAUUUCCUGUU